UUCGAUGAUGGGGCAAUGGAGGGGCAAUGGAGGGGCGAUGGAGGGGUAGCUGGAAAUGCUUGCCUCUUUGGUGCUGACAAGCAGACAAAAUGAGAUUGUGUCCCAGCUGAGGCCGAUCGCCGGCCUUUCGCAGAAUCACACCCAUUUCACACACCAUGCAAAUCACCAGAGCUGGGAUUCAUGGCUUCGAAGAGACCCUCGGCAUCGAUGUCGAUGAGGUCCGCUUCUACUGGGUCAUCGAGUCAUUGCAGCCGAAUGCCUCUCAGAAAGCCUACCGCGUGGUAUUGACCACCGAUGAGUCCAGUCUUCGCGAUGACAAUGCCAAUCCCUCCAGUCUGGCCUGGGACUCAGACUACGUCGAGAGCAACGCGCAGCGAAACAUCAUCUGCAAGCCUGACAACGGCUUUCGGUCGACAUGCAGCUACUACUGGCGGGUGACCGUCUGGGAUCAGUCUAACCAACCCUUCCACAGCGCUGUCAACCACUUCUUCACAGCGUAUCCCCGCUCACAUCUGCUGCCUCCCUACAGCAUGAACCAAACAUAUAUGCCUCACACCGCGCUCAUCUUCCGCACGUGGUUCGAGGAUGAGCCCAACCGCUGGAAGGCUGUGUGGGUGGGUGACGGAGGAGACAAACCCAUUUACCUGCGCAAGUCCUUCGAUCUCGCUCGGUCGCCAGUGCGCGCCAUCCUCUUUGCAUCCGGACUGGGCCAUUUCAAUAUGAGCGUCAACGGUCGACCGGCCUCCAACCACCGCCUCGACCCCGGCUGGACCAACUACCACCGUCGUGUACAAUUCACCUCGUACGACGUGACUGCCCACUUGCAACAGGGCCAGAAUGUGCUGGGCGCUCACGUGGGCAACGGCUUCUACGCGGGCGACAAGGGCGACGAUCGCUUUUUCUGGCCCAUGUACGAGGAUAACACCUAUGUUCGUUACGGUAAUGAGCUGUGCUUCUUCAGUGAGCUCCACCUGUUCUACGAGGACGGCGAGCACACUACCCUGAUUUCUGAUCCCACGUGGCGCGUGAGCAAGAGCGCCACUCUGCUUGCCAACAUCUAUGCCUCCGAGACCCACGAUCGUCGCCUGUAUCCGACCGGCUGGGAUGCACCUGGAUUCGAUGAUGCCCACUGGGCCCCAGCUAAACCCCUCACCGGUCCCCGCGGUCACAUAUUCUACCAAACUCAACCUCCCGUUGUUCUGCAUGAGACCUUCGCGCCGGUCAAAACGCAUAGUCCCCGCCCGGGCGUCGUCUGCUACGACUUGGGCCAAAAUGCGUCCACCAUGGUCAAAGUCGUUGUGGAAGGGGCUGCGGGAUCGGAGGUCAUUGUCCGGUACAGCGAGACAAUUAACGAGGAUGGCACUGUGCUGAUGCCGGAUCCCCUUUUCAAAGAGUUCGAGACGGGCGUAUUCUCCCGCAUAUAUCUGGCCGGUACGGGCUCCCCCGAGGUGUGGGAGCCGGACUUCAGCUUCACCAGCGCGCGUUAUAUCCAAGUAGAAGGUGUGUCCUUAGACGGGAAGGACGGCCGCCCCAAGAUCCUAUCUGUCGUCGGCCGCCACAUCUCGUCGGCCGCCAGACGGCUGGGGACGAUGAAGACCGAUAAGGAGGACGUGAACGCCUUGCUGAAUGCAUGUUACUGGACCUUCAACAGCAAUCUGUUCAGUUACCACACCGACUGUCCGCAGAUUGAGAAAUUCGGCUGGCUGGAGGUCACCCAUUUGCUGGCCCCUGCGACCCAGUAUAUCCGCGACAUGGAGUCGCUCUACACCAAGAUUCUCGACGACAUCCUCGACGCCCAGGAACCCAGCGGAUUAGUCCCUACGAUGGCUCCCGAGAUUCGCUACAUGUGCGGACCACUUCACGAUACCAUCACCUGGGGCUGUGCCUUGUGUUUCCUCCCCGAGAUCCUCCGGCAAUACUACGGCUCCACGCACGUCAUUGCCAAGGUAUUUCCUGCCGCCGUGCGUUACAUGGAAUACAUGCGCACCAAGGAGCGAAGAGGUGGGUUGAUCGAGCACGGCCUCGGCGACUGGGGACGCGGCAUUGCCCACGGCAACAACCAGGCCAACAUCGAGACGGCCAUCUACUACCGCUGUCUGCAGUGCGUGGAAAUGAUGGCGCGGGAGCUAGGCGAAACGCGGAAGGCCGACGAAUUCAAGGAAUGGGCAGCACGUAUUUACGCUGCGUACAAUCGCCACCUGCUGGUGACUGACGACCCGUCCCGCCUAAAGGCAUACUACACAUCGUUGGAUAACUACCCGGAACGCGACCGGGACGCUGUCGCGCAAGCGAUGGCUCUGCAGUUCGGGAUGGUGCCUCCAGAGCAUCGUGACGAUGUCAUGGCCGCGUUCAUGGACGAUGUCGCGGACGGGCGCAUGCGGUCCGGCGAGAUCGGGCUGCGGUUCCUGUUCAACACCCUGGCAGAUGCCAAGCGGCCCGAUCUGGUGCUGCAGAUGGCUCGUCAGGAGGAACAUCCCUCAUACAUGCGGUUCCUGCGGCGUGGCGAAACCACCCUGCUCGAGUUCUGGCAAGAUGCGUGUCGCAGUAAAUGCCACGACAUGUUGGGGACGAUCUAUGAGUGGUUCUACGCUGUCGUGUUGGGGCUGAAGCCGAUCGGACUGGCGUAUCGGACCUUCGUGGUAGACCCCCCGUAUGAAGCGGAAUUCGACCACGUUCAGGGUAGCGUGGACAGCCCGUACGGGUUGAUUAGUAUUGAGUUUGCGCGCAAUGCACAAGCGGCGGUGACGCUCCAUCUGCGGGUGCCGUUCGGUACGACGGCUAUCGUCAAAUUGCCCAAGAAUGCAAGACACUCGGCAUAUCUUCGCGCGGGCGAAGCGAAGCAGGCUGUGGAUGGAGAUGACGUGCAGCUAACUCACGGCGCGUAUUCGGUCUUCGUGCAGCUCUGA